AUGUCGGCUGAGGUCGUUCCUCCCACCGCUGGGCAUCCGUCCUUCCGGCAGGACAUAUUCCACAAUGCCAUCUCUGGAACAGAGGAGGAUGGUAGCACGGGUGACGCUCGAAAGCUGGGAGCCCUUCAGCGGGCUAGUGAUCAAAUCGCCUCCCGAGUACGACCUCAGCUCGAUGCACCCGCAAAAGAAGUAUUCGAUAGUGUACGUUCGACGGUAGAGGUCCUCGACGGUAUCGCAGAGGAACGAUUACGGUUUAUGCCUGAGAAUGGCAGUCAACUUGAUCGAGCUUCCAAACAAGCCGUGGUCCUAGUGGGCCGGUUGGAGCAGCUCGCCCGACUAAUGUCGAGUUUCACAUCCGGAACCGAGCGCGCAAUCCGACUAAUGGGGGGAAGCUUUCUAUUGCUUCUGCAGUGUGGUUCAGAACAAGCAAAACUCCUCGUCUCGCUUUUUCAGAUAUUCCAUAGACUUGCAGUUGAGUUGUCGCAUGUGAGGAACAAUCUGGAGCUCUUAAUGGCCGACAACGUUGCACAACAAGAGCUUGUUGCUGCGUAUGCUGAGCUAUGUGGGCUCAUUUGUUCAGCCAGUGUGCACUAUUUUCAAAAGGCUCAUGGCUCCUCCAAGGCUCUGGAUACAUCCGAUUUACAAUUUCGAUUCAAACCACAGAUUCAAGCAUUCCAUUCCCAUCGGAUCGCGGUUAAAGAAAGACUUUGGAGUAGACUUAUCAUGAGCGAUGUCAGUGUAGAUCCAUCAGAAAAGGUGCAAGAGAUAUGGGAGUACUUGUCCGUCAAGGAUCGGGUGGCUUCGAGGGUCCUUUCUGCGCGUUCACCUCAGCCCGCAGAGUACACCUGCGAGUGGUUUUCCAAUAGACUUUCUCAGAUACGAUCGAGCGAGAGCCAGUUAUUUACUGUAACUGGUGACACGGGCACUGGGAAGACUGUUUUAUCUGAGUGGAUCGUCCAGCAACUUCAAACAUCAAUGGAUCCACAUGACUAUGAUGUAGUCACGUUCAGAGUUUACGAUGAUAUUAGCGCUACUACCGGUCCUAUAGGUUUAGCGAAAGGGCUACUAUUGGAGAUACUCGGACGUCAAGCAAAGGAUGGCGACCUAUUAAGGGCUCUGGAACGCUCAAUGCGCCUGCACUCGUCCGGGGCGUCCAGUAAGAGUGUUGAGGACUCUCUAUGGCAGGCCAUAAACAUAGCCGUGAAAGAAACAGGCAAAAUGAUGGUUAUCCUCGAUGGUAUCGACAGUCUCAACGGUGAUCCAGAGAUUAUUCCACGUCUCUUUGAUCACUUGAAAACGCUGGUUUCACAAAGCCCUGCAAUCAAAGUGAUUGCCCUGUUCAGGCCCUUGAAUGGCGUGCCUAGUGAUGCUUACCGGAUCAAGAUCGAGCCAAACCAGACCGCAAGCGAUGUUCGAACCGUAGUUCGCAAUGAGAUUGAGUGCUCCGAAGUGUGCAUUGGGCUAACAUUAGGAGACCGAGAGGAGAUCGAGACUGGCAUUGUAAAGAAAGCAAACGGAUGUUUUCCUCUUGCACAAUUGGCGGUCGGUCAGUUGAAUGCCUUGAGAACUUCGUCAGACAUGAUAGCUCUGGUGCAAAGAAUACCUUCUUUGCUUCAAGAUAUGUUAAAGCAGACACUCGAUUCGAUUGAUCUGAGUGAUUGGACAGCCCGAUCAGUAUUGGCUUGGAUGAUCGUUUCCCACCGCCCUCUACGAGUGGAAGAGAUUCGUUCUCUUUUGGAGAUCGACACGAAAAGGACGGAGGUUGUACCUCGUGUAGGAAAUGCAGAAGGCGACAUUCGUCGGAUGCUUGGCUCUUUUAUUACCAUUGAAGACGAAGUAAUUUCCUUUAGAUCUUCUGCCCUACGACAGUAUAUUAUCAAUCAGGCGAAGUCAGCCGCUGGUGACAGUGACAAAGGAAAACUGCCACUGACCAUGAAGGAAGCGCAUUCCGACCUUCUUACGCGGCUGCUAGCCUAUGUGAAGCUCAAUGUGACUGAUGAGGUAGAGGUGUCCACGACACCUUUGAGCGAGUCUGUCCAACGCAAAUAUUUUGAUCAAUAUCAACUUCUCGAGUAUGCGGCAAGGUAUUGGACGCUGCACUUUAGGUCUUCUCAGAUGAACGAAAAGGAAAGAGACAACUUCAAGGUAACCAAUCUAUUCAAGCGGAGCUUCCCGGACUCCGUUUUGCUUGCACUGCUUGAAGGUGGCUGCCAUCAACUGCAAUAUCUGCCGUACCAGGUGCAGGAGCUGCAGGUCUUUUCCGUCCAACUUCGUCGGCAGCUCUUCCCUGACCUUUCCCUGUCACUUUUGCAAAGCUUAAUCAGCGCUGCACAAGUUUCACAGCGGCUUGAAUCCGCUGACACUGCUGAUUAUUCCUAUGAGGCCUGGAGAAAGAGCAUCUCCCUCUUGGGAUCGCGCAAUAUCGUGACGAGAUUUAGCGCAGAGGUCUUCAUUGACGUUGUAGCCCAAAGGGACUCUAGGCACAAGGCUUUCUUGGACCACAAGGAGGAAGUACUAGAAUAUCUGUUGCAAGCAAUCAAGGAAGAAGUCGGAUUCUCAAAUGAUGUGGCAAUCAAAUACACACAGAUGCUUCUUGAUCACCAUGUCACUCUGAAACACAAGGAGUCGGUGAGAAGAUUAUCCAAAGAGCUCUUUGAGAUGGGCAUUACUCGAUAUGGCCAGCACUCUCGCGAGAUGGAAGAAACAACUGAGCACAUAUACAGGCAACUUGAAAGACUUUCUAUGCCUGACGUUACUGCAGAAAUAUUGCAGACAGAACAUGAAUUCUCGAGGCAGAGUUUAGCGGUCACCGACCAACGUAUGAUCGAUUCGACGUUGCAAAUGAUCAAGGUCUACGAGGAAGGAGGGGAAACCUCCAAAGCCGAUGCGCUCUUCAUGGAUACAUGGAGAAAGCUUUUAGCCGUUGAGGAAACCUCGGAUACUGUCAUCAAGCAACAGGCAGAAUUCACUAUAAGGUACGCUGAGUAUUUAGAGCGGCAUUCUCGUCAGGAAGAGGCGGAAUCCGUUGCCAGCGCUGCAUGGUUCUGCUUGGAAGCUCAGGCUUCUCGCUUUGACCAGUUAAGCUCAACUUUUGAAUUGGUACUCGGUCAUAUUCGGAAAAUGAAAUGGGACGCACUAGCCCAAUCUGCCAUGGGAACAUUGUGGAAAUCUUGCAAGUCCCAGAAGCAAGUCUCACACCGGCUUGUCCAAGUCACCGCAUCAUUAGCCCAGACUGUGCAGCAAUCUAGCUCUACCGCCUCAUCAGGCGAGGCGUCUAUGUCUCAGGAACAAAUUGAGAUAAUCCAUGAGAUUUUGGAGUCUGCCAGAUCAGUAGGGAUGCAUUCAUCCGAUACUGCACUGGCUUCGAUGAAGGCCGCUAAGCAGGUGGCAUCUCCAUUGAUGGAAAGUGAACGAUACGCGGAGGCUGCUAGUAUAUAUUGUCGGGCUCUGUCUCAUCACUGGGCCGAGAUUGACAGCAAGUCGACGACGAUACGACUCAGCGAUAACGUUGAUGAAACGGUCGAACUAGCCACAAGCCUUGCGGAGUGUUACUUCAAGGAUCUGCAAAUUGAAAAGGCGGCACUGGUUUAUCAGAACAUCCUGGAGGCCGUGCUCUCCUCUGAUGCAACUGAUACUCAGAUGGUUCGAUUCACCGCGGACAAAGUAAUUACUUUUUACCGAACCAUAUAUCGCUUCCUUGACGCAAUAAGGACGUAUGGACGCUUGUAUAGGAAUAUUUCAUCGCGCUUAGGCAAGGCUCACAAGCAGAGCAUUGAGAUACUGUACGAAUGCGGAUACCUGGCAAAGAGGUGUCACCUGAAAAAGGAAGCUGAACAAGCAUAUCAAGAAAUAUACAACAACCUUGGCCACAACAGUCAGUUAGACCAUCGAGCCAUUGCCGCUGCUCGUGCUCUGGCUACCAUUUACGAAGAAACUGAAAGGUGGACAAAUGCAAGGGGUGUUUAUGAGACGCUGUGGCGUACAAUAUCCACCGGCGACAAGGACCAUGUGGUAGAUAGUGAGCUUGUCGGAGAGGUCUACCAGCAUUAUAUGACUUUAUUGGAGACAAAGCUGGAUGCAAAUGUCGUGGAAAUUCAUGAUCUGGCAGCUAGCUAUCGCAAGAUUUGCCAAAGACGGCAUGGAAGCUCCAGUAGACAAGUCUACGAGGCAACACUUUCUUUGGCAGAAAUUUCUCGCAGAGAUGAGAGAUACCAUGACGAAGCAGUGGAGCUGUAUGAAGCAGCUCUUGAGCAGAGUGAAACUUUCGCUGGGCGACAGGAAAUAACCACAAUGGCCAUGAAGAGCUGUUUGGCAGAUCUCUAUGCCCGCCAGUCUCGGACCACCCAUAAGGCUGCUGCGCUAUACAGAGAAAGAUUUACUUCUUCUGUUCAUGAGCAUGGAUAUGCUUCUCAGGAAUAUAGUCUCCCGCAGUUGCGGGAAUUACUACAACUACUGCAUCGACAGAACAGUAAAGCUGCUCAUCAGGACCUUCAGGAGACUCUCGGAACAAGUACGGUGGCAGCCUUCGAGGAGAAGACCGACAGCCAGCAUUUGUACACCGCAGCUGUCGAGCUUGCGCAAAUGUACGUGAAUUUUGGAUUGAAAGAAAAGGGCGUCCGGCUUUCGAGAGAGCUCCGUCGCCGACUCAUCCAAGAAGCGAUGGAAACGAAGGGGUCUCACAGGGCCGCCAGCUUCGUUGUCGCAUUUGAGAUGUCUCUGAGGAAUAGUCACAAUUAUGCAUCCAUGAUGGCCGACCUUAUCGCAGAGAUUCAGCUCUACUCGAUGUUCCAUCACGCCAGAAAACAGAAGAGCUUCAUCCACACGUUCAUUGCUGGAAUUCGCUUGAUGAACUUCCAAAGCCUCAAUGGUUGGACUGAAAAUGCCAACACCACUGAUGCAGAGUUGUUCCAGUUGUUUACAGAGCGGUUCACUGGUGUUGAAACUGGCAAGACAGUCCUGCGAGAGUUCUACGACAUCUGUAUCUCGCAGGCACCGCAGGGAAGCCUAGUGAGGAGACUGACUCGCGUGAUCGUCGAUAAUGUUUAUCAAAAGCUGGCUACCGGUCGUUUUCGACAAGCGUAUAGCCAUGCCACCAUACUUCACGAGUUCGUCAAAGAUUCCGGCGGAUUUCAGGAUCAGGACAGUAGCCGAGAUGGGGUAAAACUCUCCGAGCAUCUUCUUGUCCAAGGCUCCCGGAAAUGUCCCGAUCGUGAACUGGGUGGGAAAAUGCUAGUACUCUCCAAGACCAUUUUGCAUGAGAUUGUCUCCUCUUAUCAUGAGAAAGGGGUGAAUCUCACGGACUUUGAGACCACGGAUCUCAAUCAACUUGCAAUCUUGUUAGGUGGCCAGAGGAACUUUGAAGAUCUAGAGUUCCUCCUGGGCGAGUUGUGGUCCUCUCGGGUUGUUCAAAAGACAUGGUCUUCGGAUACUAUCAUUCUGGUGGGACGUCGGUUGGUCGAGGCCCGCUUCUCAAAUGGUCGGACUAUGCAAGCGACUCAGCUGUGCGGGGAUCUAUGCUAUAAUGUUAAGCGAGUCUGGGGUCAAUUUGAUCGGAGUGCUCUAGAGUUGACUAAUCUACUCUCUGCUCUCUACACCACUGAAGGUGAUAACGUUCGCGCGAUGGGGGUACACGAAUCUGUCCUACGCCAGCUCCUCGAGGAUAGCACAGAUAUCACGCUGUCGGAAGCGGCUGAGAUUGCCUCCAAGCAAACGGCAUUGCUCCAGAGAUGCUACCAGCGCAACGGUGGCUGGAGCAAGGGAUCGGAUAGGUAUGAGAACAUGUUCAACCGACUAAGUGAGAAAUUUGCCAAAGAAAAGAAAUGGACGAGACGGAACCCGCAGCACUGGACGGUCAAGGAAGUUGACAAAUUGGGCGUGUGGGAGGCUCCACACGAUUAUGGAUUUCUCAUGGCUGGUAAGGGCGCUACACAUCAGAACCAGCUGCGCAAGGCCAGUGAGCCGGAUAUUGAAUCCUCUUCAAACACAUACCAGAUUGGGAGGGCCCAGCAGGUUUCAUGA